CUUGCUGAUCAACUAGCUGCUCCACCUGCUGGCCGCCUCCUUCUCGGGCAAUCCAGCGUAGCAUAGUCACCGAUCGACCUUCUAGCUACUACCUGAUCUGAGCUGGUCUGCGUGAAGAGGAGGCGAACGAGCCAUGGAGAUGGGCGGCGUGGCGGCCGCGGCGGACAGCCCGGGCGCGGCAGCGGCACGGCCGAGCCGGUACGAGUCGCAGAAGCGGCGGGACUGGCAGACCUUCGGGCAGUACCUGCGCAACCACCGGCCGCCGCUGGAGCUGGCCCGGUGCAGCGGCGCGCACGUGCUCGAGUUCCUGCGCUACCUGGACCAGUUCGGCAAGACCAAGGUGCACGCGCCGGGGUGCCCCUUCUUCGGCCACCCGUCCCCGCCGGCGCCGUGCCCGUGCCCGCUGAAGCAGGCUUGGGGCAGCCUGGACGCGCUCGUCGGCCGCCUCCGCGCCGCCUUCGAGGAGCAUGGGGGCCGGCCCGAGGCCAACCCGUUCGGGGCGCGCGCCGUCCGGCUCUACCUCCGCGAGGUCCGCGACAGCCAGGCGAAGGCGCGCGGCAUCGCCUACGAGAAGAAGCGCCGCAAGCGCCACCCGCCGGCGCACAGGCAGGCCAAGCAGCAGCAGGACGCCGGCCAGCACCACCACCACCACCACCACCAUCAGGCGCCGCACGCCGCGCCCGCCACGGUGGCGGUGACCGAGAGGCGCGUCCUGGGUGACAUGGCGGAGCCGCCGGCGCCGCACUUCCUGAUCCCGCACGCGCACUUCCUCCACGGCCACUUCCUGGCGCCGGUCACCGAGCCGGCCGACCCCGCCGCUGGCAUCGGCGGCGGCGGCGGCACCGGCGAGGACUUGGUGCUGGCGAUGGCGGCCGCCGCCGAGGCGCACGCGGCUGGGUUCCUGAUGCCGCUGUCCGUGUUCCACUAG